AUGCACCGCAACCUCGUCGCCCCCCUGUUGGGGAUCAGCUCCUUCGGAGCAGCACACACUCUUCGGCAGCGCUCAGCAGCUGGCUGUGGGCAGUCCCCGACAGCUACUCUGGGAGAGCUCUCAAAAUUCAACACCACCGCCGGCCGCGAAUACGGAGUGUGGUUGCCCGAUGACUAUGAUCAGACUGCGGCGACACCGCUGAUCGUGAGCUACCAUGGCGCCGAUGGAACCAUCGACUCGCAAGCGGCCCUCGACAAAUUGACCCACUCGGAGUUCAAUACCGAUCACAUUGUCGUCUACUUGCAAGGGAAGGCCGAUGACCCCGAUGAACCAAACCACACGACGUGGGAAGGGGCGCCAGGCAACGAUGAGGAUGACGUCGGAUUCACGAGCGACGUUCUCGACGCCAUGACCGCUGGCUACUGCAUCGAUACCAGCCGCAUCUACGCUACGGGAAAGUCGCAGGGCGGUGGCUUCGUUGGCCGGCUUGCUUGCGACGCGGACAUGUCGAAGCGUAUUGCUGCCUUCGCCCCUGUCUCUGGCGCGUACUACAUUGGAUCGAUAGAUGAAAAGUCCGAGACCAAGCCGGAGACAGUCCAAGUGCCCUGCGAGGCCGGUCGCGCCGACGUCCCCAUCAUGGCAUUCCACGGCGGCGACGACACCACCAUCGCGUACUAUGGAGCCUUUCGGAGCGGCUCGUGUCUCCCUGCGAUCCCCAACUGGAUUCAGCAAUGGGCGGCUCGGGAUGACCUCGACGAGACGCCGGCGAACACCUCCAUCUCGGGUUCGGACAACGGCGUGGUGAUGAGUUUCGGGGACGGACUGGUCACACUGGUGUACGACGGGGAUGAUAUCGGCCAUGACUGGCCGUCGACCACCGAGAACUCGGACAACGGUGGAACCGGGCUGGCAGCCUUCAACGCGAGCACGAUGAUCAUGGCCUUCUUCCGAGAGCACACCCUCUCCUGA